AUGGAUCUCGAUUCAAAUCGAAAUUAUAUAUUUGGUUAUCAUCCACAUGGUAUAGGAUCAUUUAGUGCAUUAGGCAAUUUUGGUACGGAUGCAACACAUUUUUCUAUUCUCUUUCCAAACAUUCGUCCACAUUUGAUGCUUCUUCGAAUGCAAUUUUUCAAUCCAUUUACACGCGAUAUUUUACUAGGAUCGGGGGCAUGCUGUGUAUCACGUAACAGUUGUGAGUAUUUAUUGAGUGGAAAAUGUGGUCGAGGAAACGCAUUGGUUAUUAUUAUUGGUGGUCAGCGAGAAGUAAUAUUGUCACGAAAUGACACAAUGAUACUUUAUCUGAAGACAAGAAAAGGUUUCAUUCAACUGACUUUGAAAUAUGGUGCUUCCAUUGUACCUGUUAUUUCCUUCGGAGAAAAUGAACUGUACAAACGGCAUACUUUUUUCGGGUUAAUACCUAAUUGUGUUCCCUGGGGUCAAUUUAUUCUGGGACUGCUACCGUUGCGGCAUCCCGUUACCACUGUUGUUGGUAAACCAAUUCAUGUUGUUCAAAUUGAUCAUCCAACUUCUAACGAUAUUAAUCAACUUCACAAUGAAUAUCUUCAAGCAGUUGAACAAUUAUUUGUAGAGAAUAAAAAUAAAUAUGGAUUGGGACAUGUCAAACUUGAAAUUAUUUGA